GUGGCGAGAUAUCCCCGGGGGAGGGAACCGGGCGGGCAGAGGAAGCUGGCCAGGGCCGCCUCCAGCUCACGGCCCUUCUGUCCAUUCGCAAGCCUGUUCGCAUCACCUUUGUGUGCGUAUGUGGAACUUUCCAAACUCUGGCCAAGGCGCCGCUAAUCAGAUGCACAUGCCUUGUUCCCUUUCCAGGCCAGGCCCUCCGCUUCUUCUGCAAAGCUUGCAUAUUUCUGCUUCCAAAGCCACGCUGCAACCUUCCAAAGGAGGGGAGGGGAAUACGCAUCCUUUUGGAUGUAUUUGGGUUUUUUGCAUUGAAAUGCAAGGGUGCAGUUUCACCCGAGGGUAGAAGGCAUCUCCUGUUUGAUAAUCCUCAGAAACUGCAGCGAGGGGAAGGAGAAUUUGGAUUGAGGUGGGUAAAGGGGUUACCCUUUCUAACCCCUCCCCAUGUUGUUUCCCAAUCUUAACCUCCCAAAGCUGUUAAGCACUCCAUCUUUAAAGCACAUUUGAAGCACGGUUUUUCCCCUCAAAGAAUUCUAUGGCACUAUGGUGAGACCACCUUGACUGUAAGACCUGCAAGACCCUCUCCCUGCUUGCUGGCCUCUUUCCACCUGGCCUGGAAGGGUGGGGCCUUGACUGACUGCAGCUAUAAAAGGUCACUAUGGAAACCAUCCAGAUGCAAGUGCCUUUGGCCUUCCUUGUACUUCCAUUCUUUGUGUUUGGGGCUCCCACUGAUGAGUCUGGCCCCCAAGAAGUCACGAUCACUUCGAACGGCUGCAAGCGUUGCUGUGAUUCACUGGACGCACUUGGCUCCCCUGAGGCCCGGCCUGGCACAAACAAUCCCUCGUCCUUGCCGUAUAUAAUGCCAGAGGUGCGUCCAUAUAUCAACAUUACCAUUCUGAAGGGAGAAAAAGGAGAUCAAGGAGAACCUGGAAUUCCUGGGAAAUGGGGAAAAGAGGGACCCCCAGGUGCGCAGGGAGCCCAGGGCCCAAAGGGCAGCAAGGGACAGAUGGGCGCCCCAGGAGAUCCUUGCAAGCACCAAUAUGCAGCCUUCUCGGUGGGCCGGAAGAAGGCACUCCACAGCAGCGAGGGCUACCAGGCCUUGAUAUUCGACACUGUCUUUGUGAACCUCUACAGCCACUUUGACAUGUUUAAGGGCAAGUUCUACUGCUAUGUGGCUGGCCUCUACUUCUUCAGCCUCAAUGUCCACACCUGGAAUUUCAAGGAGACCUACAUGCACGUCAUGCGGAAUGACCAGGAGGAGGUCAUCCUCUAUGCCCAGCCCAGCGACCGCAGCAUCAUGCAGAGCCAGAGCCUGAUGCUGGAGCUGCGAGAGAACGAUGAGGUCUGGGUGCGCCUCUACAAGCGAGAGCGGAACAAUGCCAUCUACAGCGAUGACGUGGACAUCUACAUCACCUUCAGCGGCUACCUGAUCAAGCCCAGCCUUGAGUAGCUGCUUUCCUCCUGAGCACCUCUGCUGCCUCCUCAGCAUAUUGUUCACUGCCUGCAAACUGCUGCAAAUCAUGUACAGAAGGACUGAAAGGAUCUGAAGAGUGGGGCCACUGAAGAAGGUAUUUGUAUUAGAGAAUUAAGACAGAAGAAAGCAGUCUCUUGGGAUCAAAAGGUAUCAUUUGUUCAAGGAAAACAUUGUGCUGACUGAUUCAUAAGCCCGCUUGCUUUCAGGUGAGGCCAUGAGAUUGGAGCUGGGAUUCCUAGGUUGCUUGAAACCUUUGCAUCUGUUACCUCAGACAUUGCCCUCGUGCAGAUGUUGACGCAUGGACUUGCAAGUGAUGCUUCCUAACCAGUAGGUUGAAAGUGCUGUUGUUUACAUGGGGGAAACUAUUGAUUUGUGAUGUCUCAAGUGAGUUAUGUCUUCAUAUAGAUUCCAUGGUAAACACAGCAGAAACAAAAGCCAUGCAGGGCUGGUGGGCUGCAGACAGCUCAGUGAGUCACAAGUUGUGCAAGUCUGAUGUAGAUAGGUCUACAAUUCAUGGUUAAAUUAGCCAUUCCAGUAUAUAGGAUUAGGUACCUUCAUUACCUAGUAGCAAGCUAAACCGGUGUUAGCCUUUUUGUAUUAUGAUUUAAAUCAGACAUAUCGCAGAAAUCAGAAGGCUAGAAUGUACCUAAGGAUCUUCCACGGUAAUGCCUGAACAGGUUUUACAGCUCUGUUGCAAUUGGUUAGGCUGAAAUUUAGAACUCUUUGGUAGGCUGUUUGAGCAAAGGCCAAAUUCCAGCCCACAAAUUGUGCAUAAAAUCAAUAGGGAUUCAUCUUACAACACUGUGAGCUGGAUUGUGGAAUGUGAUUUUUAGAACUUGUUAGCUGAAUAGUCACUGUUUAAAAUACAUGUGCAAAAGAUACAGGAAACUAUAAGCAAAAGAACUACUUUUGUACCAGCCUCUGUUUACCACAGGCAUCAAGGGCCAUUUGCAAAUAUGGAGACAAUGAACUAUCCUAGACUGGCCUAUCUUUGACGAGACCCUAACACUAGAAGAAAUAGGUCAGCUCGGGCAUGGAUAAAUAUCAAAGGAAGGCUUCUAGAGAGAUUAUUUUCUUUCUGAUUUUCACAAGUGAUACCUACAACUAUAUAUUGCAGUGCAGAGUACUUUUGUUCAGGAUUUGAACCAGCCAGCCAUGCCCUCUUUGAGAAUACUCCAUUCCAUUUCCCCUCUCCCCUACCUUCCUGUUCCCCCUGCCCCCCUUCAAAUGGUCAGUUAGAUUUCUGUGCCUACUGGGCAUGCUCAGUCCUCAUUUGGGCUUUUUUGUGUGUCUCUCCCCCCACUUCAGGAUUUUUUUAAAAAAGAUUUAUUAUAUAAACCUGUGCCCCUACCCCAACUGCUGAUAACUCUUUUUUUUGUGUUGAAGGUGCUGUUUUCACUACAUAAGGAUCCCCACUGAGACGGUGAACUUUAUAUUAGCAUGCAGCAUAUUAAUUGUGGGAUAAAAAAAGUGAAAUCAAAUGGCAGGCAGGGACAACAUCGACUGUCUCCUGAUCAUCCAGGCAUUUCAUCCAGAAGUCAAAGAUAAAGCAGGGACAUGGUAGCAGCCUGUCCAUCAUAGUGGCAGGGCCACAGCUCUGCUACAGGUAGAACUCAUACUUUGCAUGUAGAAAGUCCCAGGUUCAGUUUUCAGCAUUUCCACCUAAAAGGAUCACAAAUAGCAGAGCUGGAAAGGCCCCUGACUGAAUCCUUGGAGAGCUGCUGCUAGUCAGAGUACACAGUACUGGACUAGAUGGGCUAAUAGUCUGACUCAGGAUAAGGCAUCUUCAUAUGUUUUUCAUCAGAACAAGGAGUAGCAGGUGAUUUCUCUAUUCAUCUUGUGCAAUACCAUGUGUUAGCCUUGCAGAUAUAGUAGGCAGUGAUUACCCAGGGUUCCCUGUCCUAUCCACAUGACACACACACACAGCAAGUCACGGUCGUCUCGGAGGAUACAAAGGCAUGACCCUCCCCACAGAACCAAUGGCAAGCCGCACUCUCUCUCAACCAAAACCCUCCAUGUGGGGAUGAUAUUGCUGAUCAGCCCUUCAGGAUUGGUGUUAGGAUUGCAGAAAUUACUUUAUGUAAAGCACAGAAUAUUCCAAGGUACUAUAAGGAUGCUAAGAAUUGGUCUAUUGCCACACAGUGUUUUAGAAGUAACUUUUAUGCAUGCGUGGUGAUUAAAAACACAUCCUGCCAAGUACACUCUCUGCCCCUCUCACUCCCAUGUAGCCAAGUGUAUUAAGACAACAGAUUGAAAAAUAGAACUCCCUGAAGUAGCUCAAGAGUGUCCAGAAAAAAAGGCAGUGGGGGGCAUGCAUUUAUGUUUUGACCCCCACCUGCAGGAGCCCUGCAGAGCAGGAUUAUGAAAAAGAGAGGCAGGAAAGAGGAUCAUGCUUCCUUAGGGAAGUCUGAGACUGAUUGAACAAGAAACGAAAUUCCUCCUCUCUGCAAGACAUAAACUGGGAAACCAGCUGUUAUAUAUUUGCAACGCGUGGCGUCCCUGUGUCUCUCUAGGGAACAGCAGGAAUUUCUAGCACUGAAUAGCUUCCAGACCUGAGCUCUACAUUCUUCGAUCCUUUGCCUCUGUUCCAAUGUCAGCAGAGCUCUCAAGCGUUUCUACGAAGAAGCUGCAUUUUUAAAGUCAAGUAGACUUAAGUAUGUGUGUAGAGAGUGUUGACUGGGUUGGCUGCUUGCUUUUUGGUGCUAAACAAGGCUUCUGGUCCUUGGUGUUAAAAGGAGCCCCUUUGGUGCUAAACCACGAUACUGGAGAAUAAUUGGUGCUUACUUGGAGAUAUGUUGAGGAAAUAUGGACACAGUGGACUGUAGGAUUUAUGGUGCUUUAUAGAAAACCCAAACCACCCAACCAGAUGUCUUGUGUAUAUAUAUAUUUUCCUAAAUAUUAAAACUUCU